AAUUCGAACUGCCUGGAUCGAUGCGGAAAUGAUGUGGAGUCUAGACCUGAAUGACUCCCAAGACGCUGAGUAGUGCCUUGGUUUAACAUGACAAGGUGAGAAGGUACUACUGGUUAUUAGAGGAAUCCCGUGGUUACAUCUCCGUUGAACGAGUGGGAGAGGGCAGGAAUACAGGCGACAGAGCCCGAGAGCAGAUUUGAGACUGGUGCUUGCGCUUUCUUCCAUCCUCCUCUCCUUCAAGUGCUAUUUACGAUGGAUGUGAGGACAGAGAUCCGCCUCGUCAUUCUUCAGCAGGAUGAAGCGUACUCUUCUGUCACUUCUCCUCCUGUGGUUAUGCGUGCGAACGGCUGUUGCGAUUGGGAUCGCCAGGGCUUCAGGCUCUGGCAGCUUACCACCGUGUGUUGUGGAAUGCACAUCACAAAGUCUGUUACUAGGUGAUUGCGACGCAUCGGAUACCGUGUGCCGGUGCACGAACAAGAAUCUCAAUACCUUAAUUUCCCUAUGCCUGAUGGAAAAAUGCUACAUCGCAGAUAGCAUCGCGGCAGCGCGAUCUUGGGCCCAAGAAUGUGACCGACCUCAUGACAAUCACCACGAAUCCUUAAGGGCAGCGAUAGUGGCGGGUGGAAUUGCUGGUGUUCUAAUCGUCAUCCUGCGCAUAUUCUCAAGGAGGUAUACCUUGCGCCGAUUCUGGUGGGAUGAUUGGAGUCAUAUUAUUGCGGGGGUGCUCAUGAUACCACUCAUUGUUUUCAGUAACCUUUGUGUGAAUGACGGCAUGGGAUACCAUUUAUACGACAUCAAUUUCUCGUCUGUAUCUCAAGCCACUCAACUGUUUAUGUGGUAUUAUCUUUGUCAAAUUUUCUGGCUGGUCGUCAUUUACUUUAUCAAAAUGUCGAUACUUUUCCUAUACCUGCGCAUAUUCCCCGAGAUUCGACUGUUUCGGAAUUGUGUGAUAGCCACAAUGGUGUUCACGACGGUAGCUAUCAUCAUUAUCGUCCCGAUGGAUAUAUGGCAAUGCGUACCAGUCCAUGCAAUAUGGGAGUUGAAACGGGAAGAUGCGAGAUGCCUCAACAUUUCGGGAGUUGCCUAUGCGAGCGCAGGGGUGAAUAUUGCUACGGAAAUUGCAGUUCUAAUUCUGCCCCUGCCGUUACUCCGAAGACUCCGCACCGGUAUAGCGCAAAAGGUUGGGUUAUAUGCUCUUUUUGGUUGUGGGAUUCUCGUCAUUGGUAUUGCAUCCGCCCGAGUGUCAACCUUAAGCAACGUCGAGGCCAUACAUGAUCCGACUUAUCUGAAUGCUGGCGUGUUUUACUGGACCUGUGCAGAAACAGCCGUGGCACAUUUAUGUGCUGCCGCGCCCGCUAUUCGACCGUUAUAUGUGAAAUUGCGCGAUAUGAUUCGACAAAAGAGGAAAAGAACAUCCAAUUGUUCCGAGUCUGAUGUUUUCAGCGGCAACUCUCUUUCGAACGUGCGCAAUCGGUCCAUAUCAAGGUUGAGCAGUCAAAAGUGACAGCCCAUAUUGCGGGCGGACUUGAUGAUAAAUAGAAACAAUGAGAAGGUGAACUUGCAUGACAGUUCAUUUUUGCUUGCAAAAAUCUGAUAGCACGCGGGUCGUGCUCACCAUUUGACUGUAAAUAAGCAGUUCAAAUUAGCCAGUGUUGGCAAUAUAUAUGUAGGAACCAACACAAGGUGUUCG